CCCCAUUGCAAUAGUAUUAAUAAUUCGACCAAACCAGCUAAUUCUCAACCUCUCACUGAAAAUUGCUGCUUCGAACAACAAGCAAUUGAAUCUAAUUCCUCUUGGCAUUCAGUUCACGCCAUUUUUGCUCUCAUUUGGGCGUUUUCAAUUUCCAUUUUCCACUGAGAAUCAAAGUGUGAUUUCGUUGAGGCUAAUAGUCGAGCAUUUUGAUGGCGUCGAUAAAAUCCUUCCCCACGGGAUUGGAGAGUUCCAUCCUCGCGAAUCGUCAUCGGCCAUUGAUUUCUGUACCAAACUACAGGCCGAAGAAAGUUGGGGGAAUUGCGGAUUGUAAUUCACCUGGAAUUUCUAGCAAUUCGGCGGUGGAUCUUCUCAGCAGAGUGUCACUAUGCAAUGGACGGCGGAGUUGGGCCAGACACGGUGUUGUAAAGGCUGCUGGAGGCGAGGCGGAGGAUGAGGCGGAGGACAGUUUGCAGGCCACGAUUGAGAAGAGCAAAAAGGUUCUCGCUAUACAAAAAGACCUUUUACAACAGAUUGCUGAAAGGAAGAAAUUGGUUUCAUCAAUUAAAAAUACCUUGAUCGACCCAGAAGAUGGCGAACAGCCUUAUAAGGAGAGUAAGGUCGCUAUUUCCAGAGAUGAAGCUUUUGCUGAAAGUGAAGAACUUGGAAACGAUCUUCCCGGUAAUGGAAAUGGCAGUCACCUUAAACAAUUCAAAUCCUCUAGUUCCUAUCUUGAUCCUGCUACAAAGUCUGAAGAAAAUGGAAAAGACCUUCCUGUUAAUCGAGUUCAAUUCGAUGCUAGUCCCACAAAGCAGCCAAAAGCUGAUAGUUCUUGGGAUAUUCAAUCCAAGGAAGUGCCAAAAAUGCCAUGGCAAUACUCUGCACUGUCUAUACCACAGCCUUCGUCAAGUAAUAGUUUUUACAAUGAUUCAAAAUAUAGUGCUGAGGUGAUAGCGUCUAAUACAAGUACCUUUACUGAAGAAGAUUCAGAUGGAAAGUCCAAGGAUACUACAAUAAAGACAUCGAUCAUACUUGAAAAAUCAUCAAGAAAGGAAGAGGAGCAACAUGAAGAUGCAAGAGAAUCAAACCCCGAGAAUGGAAAUGUUAAAGCUGAAGAUCCCACGAACCAAGAUGUUAACCCCCCUCCACUGGCCGGGGCCAAUGUAAUGAAUGUGAUCAUUGUUGCUGCAGAAUGUGCACCUUGGGUCAAGACUGGUGGGCUUGGAGAUGUUGCUGGAUCUUUACCUAAGGCUUUGGCUAGGCGUGGGCACAGAGUCAUGGUUGUUGUACCUCGCUAUGGUGAUUAUGCUGAAGCUCAUGAUUCGGGUGUUAGGAAGAGAUAUAAAGUGGAUGAUCAAGAUUUUGAAGUUAAUUACUUCCACGCCUACAUCGAUUGUGUCGAUUUCGUUUUUAUUGAUAGCCCUCUCUUUCGGAAUAUAGAGAAAAAUAUAUAUGGAGGAAAUCGUACGGAUAUUCUAAUGCGCAUGGUGUUGUUCUGCAAAGCAGCUGUCGAGGUGCCUUGGCAUGUUCCCUGCGGUGGAGUUUGCUAUGGGGAUGGAAAUAUGGCAUUCAUUGCUAAUGAUUGGCACACUGCCUUGCUGCCCGUCUACCUUAAGGCAUACUAUAGGGACAAUGGUUUAAUGCAAUAUGCGAGAUCUGUCCUCGUGAUUCAUAACAUAGCUCAUCAGGGUCGUGGUCCUGUCAAUGAUUUCAACAUCGUGGAUCUUCCACCUCACUAUCUCGACGUAUUCAAAUUGUACGAUCCAAUUGGAGGAGAACACUUCAACAUCUUUGCUGCAGGUCUUAAAACUGCUGAUCGUAUUGUUACAGUUAGUCAUGGAUAUGCUUGGGAGCUAAAAACUUCGGAAGGUGGCUGGGGUCUACACCAAAUUAUUAAUGAGAACGACUGGAAGCUACGUGGGAUCGUGAACGGGAUUGAUACAAAAGAGUGGAGCCCUGAGGCAGAUGUUCACCUGAAGUCUGACGGGUAUGUUAAUUACUCCAUCGACACCUUGCAAAUAGGCAAAUCUCAGUGCAAAGCAGCACUGCAGAAGGAGCUAGGGCUGCCCGUACGCGAAGAUGUUCCGGUGAUUGGUUUCAUCGGGAGGCUCGACAAUCAAAAAGGCGUUGAUCUGAUAGCAGAAGCAGUGCCAUGGAUGAUGGGACAGGACGUUCAGCUGGUGAUGCUGGGCACCGGUAGGCACGAUCUCGAGGAGCUGCUGAGGAAGUUCGAGAGAGAGCACUACGACAAGGUGAGAGGAUGGGUUGGCUUCUCCGUGAAGACGGCUCACAGGAUAACUGCCGGUGCGGAUAUACUCCUGAUGCCGUCGAGGUUCGAGCCAUGUGGUCUGAAUCAGCUCUAUGCAAUGCGUUAUGGAACAAUCCCGGUUGUGCACGCUGUAGGCGGGCUAAAGGACACCGUGCAGCCCUUCAACCCGUUUGAGGAAUCAGGGCUCGGAUGGACAUUCUCCCGAGCAGAGAAAGACAAGCUGAUACAUGCUCUGGGGAACUGUUUCUUGACAUAUCGCGAGUACAAAGAGAGCUGGGAGGGGCUGCAGAAACGAGGUAUGUCAAGGGAUCUGAGCUGGGACAAUGCUGCGCAGAACUACGAGGAAGUUCUUGUUGCGGCCAAGUAUCAAUGGUGAUGUCUGUGUCCUAACAUCAGCUGCAUCACCUUUUUACUGUGUUAGACGAAUUGAAGUAGUAGGAUAUCUCUUUGCUGUGUAAUUGAUGUGUUUAAAGUAGUAGGAUAUGUUGUAGUAGGUGUCAUUAAAGAUAAUCAUUUUGUUAGGUUUCUCAUAGAAUACUGUGGUCAACUUCUUGUAAUCAUAUUGCUAUAAAGUGAUUUCUUACUAAACUACUGAUAAUACUCCAUUAAUUAAUGAAUCAA